AUGAUCGGCGCAAAGCCUGAGAUCUGCUCUGUUUGCCUAGCCAUCCCGUUCGAGUCCCUCCCGAGUGAGGAGGAGACGGCAAUUCCCCACCACGGGUCCCUCCGCGAGCUGGUGGCAUCGUCUUCACAAGGCUGUGGGCUAUGCUGGAUGAUUCUCCUAGCCAUAGGCGACACGUGUGCCGCGGUGAAACAUGAACGCCAUGGCAACCGUGCCAUGUUGCCGGGGGGUAUUGUCAGCUACACGCGCUUCACGCUGCCCUCGGGAAAGGAGUGCAUGGCACAGUCCCAGUACGGUAACUAUAUGGGUGGAGGCAACGCGAGGGCCGAUGAUGGUGCCCAUUAUAGAGGCCCCAUGUACAUUGACCCGCUUGAGCUGUUUCCGGGCGAGGAGGCCGAUCGGCAUCGACCGUGGCUGUUUGGCAAUUGGUGGAGGUCUUAUGAUGCCGACCUGUCGCUUCAGCUCGUAGGCUUGUGGUGGUGGGACGGUGGUGUUUCGUGGGACGCAAAUCAGGAUCCGGAUUCUCCUCUCCGACGUCUAAUACCCGGCAGGUUGAGAACUGCUGCCACGUCCUCGGCCACUGUCAAGGCGCUUUGUCAAGAGUGGAUGAGCAGCUGCAAUGUCAAGCACAACUGUGCUCCCCCCGCAAACUCGCCUCUGCCAACUCGCGUCCUUGACGUCGCCAAUAUCAACAACGGUCAAGUUAGACUCGUUCUGGGGGCGUCAGUUUCCGCCAGACCAUACGUGGCCCUCAGCCACUGCUGGGGCACAUCGCAUCGCAUCACAACCAAGCGAGACAACGUCGACGCCCACAUGCGCGGCAUCCCCAUCGCGAACCUACCCGCAACCUUCCAGCAAACCGUGGAAAUGACGCACCUCCUCGGCAUUUCCUAUCUCUGGAUUGACUCCCUUUGCAUCAUCCAAGACGACGCCCAAGACUGGGAACGCGAAGCCUCGAGAAUGGGCGACGUGUAUGCCAACGCAAACCUGGUCAUCGCCGCCGACAGCAGCACCGACGACUCGUCAGGGUGCUACACCACCAUCCAAGAACGCAUGCAAGUCGCCUUUAACCUGCUCAACGCUGUCGGCAUGGGUAACUUUGCCAUCCUCAACCUCCCGCCCAACGGCCACCUGUUCUUCUCGCAAGAGUGGAUGUCCUCCUCGUUCGACACGAGUAACCCCCAACGCCGCAAUACCCUCCUCUACAGAACCAACGAAAUGGGCCGCGCCUUCGACCCAAUCGCCACCGAGAACCUCUCCACCCGCGGCUGGACCCUUCAGGAACGCCUCCUCGCAGCACGAACCCUGCACUUAACAAAGGCGCAAAUGUACCGGGAAUGCUCAAACUGCAUGCUAGCCGAAGACGGCGCCGUCUUUGCACGCAUGUUUCCCUCGUGGCGGUUAAUAGCCACUUAUGCCACAGCAUCCUCCUGCUCUCCUGAAAAACAACCCCCCUGGUUCCAAGUAAACCCCCGAAUCGCCUACUGCACUACCACAGCCUGGGCCCCCGAGAUCUGGCUCUGCCUGGUAGAGAAAUACACGGCCCGCAAACUAACCAACGAAAAAGACAAACUCCCCGCUUUAUCCGGUCUGGCACGUCGCAUGGCAUGUCUCACCAAGGAUUGCUACCACGCCGGUCUAUGGCGUAGGCAUUUGCUCUGCGGAUUAGCCUGGCGUAUGCACGUUUACGAGCCGGUUCAUUUCUGUCGGGAUCCCACACAUGACGUUGCCAUUGCCGCCAAGUCACCACCUACGCGGUGUUUUGCUUGUCACCCAAGGGCCUGGAGGGCUCCGUCGUGGAGCUGGGCGGCUGUUGAUGGACCGGUUGACUUUUAA